AUGACGAAUAGAUGCGAGGCGAGCCAUGAAGCAUCCUCCUCUGAGAUGAACAAGGGUGAUGAUAUGAAAGGUUUAGAGCAGCAGUACGAGAGCGUUUCGUUGCAAGAACACAACAUUCCGGCUAGACCUAAAAAGACGACGCCUUUUGAGAUUCCACAAUUGAAUGAACCUUUGGAAGACAAGCGGCAAGAAAACUCUGAAAAGAGGGAAAGGGAUCUUUCACACGUCCUCUCAGAUUCUCCAUCUAAGCGAAGACGAUUUCAAAGACGGAACUCAGUGACUUCCAAGAUGAUAUCAAUGACCGCACUAUCACUUCCAGAUAUCGACCUCGAAGAGGGCGGUCGGGCAUGUCCUGAAUUUGAUGACGAUAUUCAUAUUGCGGUAAAUCUUGUGCAACAUUUUCAAGCUAGUCAUGAGAGGCAUUGCUAA